CUUUGCUUGCGUCUUUGCUUGCGUCUUGGCCGGCUUGCUCUCUUCAGGAACAUGGCCCGCCAGUGGCUUCGUUUGCCGUCGGGAUCCAAGCAUCGCCGGCUUUUUGGCGGCAUGUUGCCGCGAUGGCCGCCGAUAUACAUACCUGGGUCGCUCUCGGCCCGGCUGCGUCGGCAGGCUGGUUCAACAGCAGCAGCAGCAGCUCAAAAUGAUGCGCUCCUCGUCCCGGCUGCAGAGCCAUAUCUACCUCCUCUUGCUGGUGCUGCUCUGCUGCCCGCUGGCGCUAUCGCUCACCUUUCCAGUCGACUCGGUCGGUCGACCCACCAAAGAUGCCAUCCAAACCUUCUACCUGGACCCGCAGCAGCUCUGGUACAACCGUGAUUUUUACAUGCGGGGACGCAAGGAACUGCUCUCUGCAAUCCACCGAGUCGUCCGCCGCUCGAUCCAGUCCAUUUUCGAUCAGCGCGUCUACUCGGUCGUCAACAACUCCAUUCUGGCCCCGUCCAACAGUCCGCACGAUUUCUACUCCCUCGCCCGGUACUUCUGGCCAAACGUCUCGGAUCCGACGGGAAGAUACAUCCGUUACGAUGGAUAUGUCAACCCCGAGGUCUGGCUGUCGUCGGAUCCGCCCUAUCUGAAGCUGGUCAUCAACGAUGUCUUCGACACCGGACUGGCUUACUUCUUUACCGGCAACACCUCUUAUGCCGCCCAGGGCUGUCGUCGCCUGGCCGCAUGGUUUGUCAACAACAGCACGAGAAUGAACCCCAACAUGAACUACGAGAACUGGGUCAUUGGAACGCAGCAAAUCAAGCUCACAGGAAGUAGCGGUGGUUUGCUCGACUACUCAAACGUCUACAUGCUCAUUGACGGCUUCCAGCUGCUGCGGACGGCCCCAGAAACCACUUGCGCGCAGGUGAUCGAUCCCUUUAUUCACUGGCAAAGCAGCUUCCUCGACUGGCUGCAGUCCUCCCCCCGAGGCAACGUUACAAAGCAUCAGCUCAACAAUCAAGGCACUUGGUACGAUGUGCAAGUGGUAUCGCUCAUGCUCCUCAUGAACCGGACCGCUGCAGUCGAGCACUAUAUCCAGACAUACACAUUUCCACGCAUCCUUGCACAAAUCAUGGACGAUGGCUCGCAGCCUUUGGAGAUGCAGCGUCCCACGAGCUGGUACUAUUCUGGCUUCAACCUCCAGGGCUUGUUUGUCUUGGGACAGCUCAUGCGCUCCACCAACCUCAGUCUAUUUGACUUCAAGCGUUCCCCGGGCACUCCUCCGCUGGUGCUGGUGGCACUGAACCACCUGACGACCUAUGCCCUCGUCAACGGGACGGGCUGGCCGGCUGCCAACUCGGGUGACUUCAAUCCAGCCACCGUCAUUUCGCUCCUCAAGCAAGCCUACGUUAUUUACAAGGACAGCAGCCUGAUCAAAGCCGCCAAUCAACUCCAGCAAAAGCCCCAGAUCUGGAACCCGAUGCGGCUUUGGUCGCCAUAUGCCUCGUUCGACAACCCAACCAAGAGCAGCGCUCGGGCCCGUGGUACCCGUGGAGUAUGCUCCAAGUGGACGUAUGCCGUGGCUUUGGCCGUCUUGUAUUGCAUUUUACUUGGCUGA